AGGUGGCUACUCUUGGCAAAGAAUGCCGCAUUUUUUACGUAAAACUUAGUUUCCGUAAAUGCAACAAGUUAUCCGUGCUGUCCUGCUAGAUAAAAUAAAUAUUUAAGCCAGUCCGACUUGUUUACAACUUAAAGAAGAAAGAUCUGCAUCUGCACCAUGUUGUACACCACCACGAUGCUGUCCUCUCGCGGCGGCCUCAUCGGUUCGCUGAUGAACAAAGUCAGGCAAGUUGUAGUCAAAGAUUGGCCACCUAGUGCUCCACCUCUAGCAAAUGACACCGACCACAGACCAUUCACACCCACUAGGCCCCUCGCAGCUGCCAACAUCAGUAACUCCCCGGCGGCUCAAUCAAAAACACUAGAGGAGCAGGUGGGCCUCCCACCUCGACCCAAGAAACCCUUAACGCCCUACUUCCGAUUCAUGAGGGAACAGCGACCCAAGCUUUUGGCCUCCAAUCCCAAGAUCACCACAAUCGAGGCGGUGCGCCAGCUGUCCAAGAAUUGGUCCGAUGCCGAUGCCCAGUUAAAGGAGCGCCUACAGGCCGAGUUCAAGAAGGACCAGCAGAUCUACCUAGAGCAACGCACUAAGUACGAUGCCACCCUUACCGACGAACAGCGGGCCGAAAUCAAGCAGCUCAAGCAGGACCUCAUAGACGCUAAGGAGCGUCGUCAGUUGCGCAAGCGUGUCAAAGAGUUGGGGCGACCCAAAAAGCCCGCUUCCGCCUUCCUGCGAUUCAUCGCCAGCGAACGUACCAACACUCCGCAAGGAGCCAAGCAAACCUACCGCGAAUGGCAUCAAAAGACCACAGCCAAGUGGACCCGCCUCUCCGACUCCGAGAAGGAUGUCUACUUGCAAGAGUCGCGUAAAGAGAUGGAAAUCUACAGGAAAGCGAUUUCCGUUUGGGAAGAAAAAAUGAUCCGUUUGGGCCACAUCGACGUGGUACGUCACGGCAAUCUUAUCGAUCCACCAGAACCAAAGACCCGCAAGACGCAAUCUGUCAAAGAUAAAUAGUGCUAGCUGCUCGGCCUGUAUUCUGCCAUCACAUAAUUCUUAAUUCAUAAUUCAUUUUAUUUUUUUCGUUUUUCUUCUUUUCAUCGCAAAUUGUUAGGGCUAAUGCAUUAAAGAUUAAAAGCUAGCCCGCCAUAAGUUUAACUUAGAAUCCCUUGUUCCUGCAGUUAGUCUUACGAAAGGUACAAUUAGUAAUUUUUCUGAACUAUGUAAAUAGCUUCAGCAUUAAAUAUAAAGACAGUUUUUGACAAAAUUGUGUAAAAAUGUUUAACUGAUUAGAAAGCAAGAGCAUGUGUCCAUCAAAGUCAAUAAUAAGCUUAAUAUGUAUAUACAUAUAA